CCCUCUAGUCCCUCCACCCAAGCCCUCUCUCCUCCCUCCCUCUCUCCCUGCCCCUCUCCAAUCAUCCCUCUCUCCUCCCCUCCUCCCUCCCUCGCUCUCUGCCACCCCAACCUUGUUGAUUCCCUGCCCCAACUUUUUCUCCCUCCCACUCCUCUACUACUGCCUCAAUCUCUCCCUCCAACCCCAAAUACACCCCCUCCAUCGCCCCCUAUCCAGCUUCUUCGCCAGCCAGCUCCCUCUCUCCACUCAACCAGACAGGCCACCGAGGAGAGAGGAGAGGGAGAGGAGGAGAGAGUGUGGAGGAAGAAAGAGGAGAAGAGGAGGGAUGGGAUGACCGAGGAGGGUCUCUUAAAGCUCUCUCACACACUGAAGGCCCCUGCAGGAGGCAGCCUGGUGGAUGUGUGCUGUGUGUCGUGGCUGUCAGUAGGUGUAUGUGUCGCGGUGGCAGGAGAGUGGGAGGUGUGUGUUUGGGGUCAGAACAACCCCCCACACUGGAGACGACUCCACACCUGGACCUUCAUAGAAUCAGUGAUGUCAGUCUUUCCUGUGUCGGACGCUCCUGGGCUUCUGUGUGUGACUCUGGGCCAGCUGGAAAUCAGAGAGGCCAGGGUACUGUGCUGCUCCAGUCUGUCCCAGGCAGUGCUGUGUGAGGGGGAGAUCCACAUGGUGGUGGGCAUGUCCAACCGAAGGCUGGUUAGCUCCUCCUACUCUGUCGCCACAACCCCGCUGCAGGUCUACACACUGACACAGGAUGGCAGGCUGCAGGCCUGCCUGUCUUUGGUCUGUCCUACUGAGCGCGUGCAUACCGUGGCGGCGGUGGAGGGACAGACUGACGCUCUGAUUGGCUCAACCCACGGAGGACAUGUUGUUCUGUGGAACGUGACGACGGGGCAGCUGCUGCGGAGCAUCAAUCUGGGAGAUGGUUUCACGGAUACGACCUGCCUCCGAGGAUACUCCCUCUGCGGGGUGCUGUUUGUCCUGUUACAACACCCGUCCCUGUGUGCUGUGGAAGAGGAAGAGGGAGGGGCUCUGUUCUCGCUGGUCGCCACCAACCCUCUGACUGGUACCGUCGCCCUGGCAACCAGACUAGGCCUCCCCAAAGCCUGCACCGAGAGGCUGGUGGAGGUUGAUGUCCAUGGAUCCAGUGUGGUUGGGGUUUUCCGGUCCGGCUCUGUGUGUGUGUGGCAGCUUGGGGGGCGUCAGGGCCAGCAGGGGGUCUGGUUCCCAGAGCUGGGGUGUCAGCUCGCCCGUUGGGGGGCGCAGGGAACUGUCUUGACGGCACACCUCAAUGGAGACGUCUGCUUACACCGCUACAGACCACUAUAGACCACUCUGAACGACUAUAGACCACUCUGAACAACUACAGACCACUUUAGACGACUCUGAACAACUAGAGACCACUAUAGACCACUCUGAACAACUAGAGACCACUAUAGACCACUCUGAACAACUAGAGACCACUAUAGACCACUCUGAACUACUAUAGACCACUCUGAACAACUACAGACCACUUUAGACCACUCUGAACAACUAUAGACCACUCUGAACAACUACAGACCACUAUAGACCACUCUGAACAACUACAGACCACUCUGAACUACUACAGACCUCUUUAGACCAUUCUGAACUUCCAUAGACCACUCUGAACUACUUCAGACCACUGUAGACCCCUCUGAACCACAACUUAUCCACUAUAGACCACUCUGAACUACUGUUAUACAUGCCAGAGAGGCAUGUUUGUUCUACCAAACACAUUUCUAUCUGAAGGUUGUCCAACGUGUCCUCCUGAAUGCAGCCCAGAAGGGUCUGCUACAUAGCAGGAACAAUGAGUUAGCGCUCUAACUUUGAUAAGCAACCAGAAAUAACUAUUGAUGUUCUGGUUCAUUAAGAAAGCUAAACUUAGAUAUGUGUUUUUGGUUGUUUUAUUAUGCCAUGCACUUUAUAUAUUUCUAUAAAACAUGUUAUUUCUGAAUAUUUAGGCAAGUUAGCUGGGUAACACAUUGAUCUUGCUUUGUUGUAAACACCUGCAACCGUGACCUCUGGUGCUGAAUCACAUUUUGAUUCUGAUUCUUCUGAAUCACUUUCUACCACAUCCAAAUGACAUGGUUCAACUGUUUGGUUCAUGAGUCUGUUCCAUAUGUACCUACAUAUAAGUGAUGUGGUUCAACUGUCUGUUCCAUAUGUACCUACAUAUAAAUGACGUGGUUCAACUGUCUGGUUCCAUAUGUACCUACAUAUAAAUGACGUGGUUCAACUGUCUGGUUCCAUAUGUACCUACAUAUAAAUGAUGUGGUUCAACUGUCUGGUUCCUGACCCAAUCUGCUGUUGAAUGCUCAUGAUAUAUUUAAGCUAUAAGGCAUGAGGGGGUGUGGUAUAUGGCCAAUAUACCACGGCCAAAGACUGUUCUUAAACAUGACACAACAUGGAGUGCCGGGAUACAGCCCUCGGCUGUGGAAUAUUGGAACAAGUAUUUACCUGGCUAAAAGAGAAGGAAUAAUAAUAUAUAGUGAUCCCUUUUGCUACCAUGGUUAUGCAUAUUCUUCUCAUGUAUUUUUAUUUUUAGAAACAUUUACAUUUGGGCCUGUCCAUAUAGGUCAAUUCCCCUCAGUGUAAAUGGUUAAAACUAUAAUUUUGAUGUUUAGCUGGUCA